AGGCGACUCGCUGUCAAACCGGAAGCGCCUUCUAAUCAGCUUUUAGAGCUGAUGUGAGUUAAAGGUAGCAUCAACACAAUGUUGAACGACAGUGAGCUGACAAAUUUGCGGAAUCGAUUUAAGAAAGAUGCGGAGUUUCUUAUGCAAACAACGACGUCGGGUGACGAAGAUGAAAAGAGUCAGGAGGAAAAAGAUGCCAAACCAGCUUCUCGCUUUGACAGACACACCGUUUUCUGGAUUGUGGCAUCUGUAGCUGUGACCUACUACUCGGACUUCUUCCACAACAUCUUGGAAAAUGAUGAUAUCAAAGGUUGGUGGUUCAAUGUCGGUCUGAUACUUCUUGCGAUCAGCUUGUCUCUGGUCAUGUUUUGCAUUGUGUACCUGGACUGGUACAAAGGCAUCCAGCACUAUGACCAAGAGUACCCUGCUGUACCUCCCAUCACUACUGCAGCCUUUAUUGCAGCGUCAUGCAGCUUGAACAUUGCCUUGUGGCCAGUGUGGUCCUUCUUCACUCCACUGAUCCUCUUCACACAGUUCAUGGGCGUGGUCAUGUUAACGGUCAUGUGUGGAUGAAUGCGACAGGACCAAGAACCAGCAACAGAAAUGACGAGGCUUAAUUCCCCUUUCCCUCUGAAACUGUCUCCACACACAUCCAUGACUUCCAACAAUUUUUUGUUCAAGAACUUCAUUAAAGCGCCCCUUUUUUUUCCUCCCCUUUUUUAAGAAAAACAAUAAUUUUCUAUGCAACAUCCUUGUUUUAACGUUAAAAACCUUUUUAACUUAUAAACUAUCUUUGAAAAGUUCAAACUAUCCUUGCCUUUUUCUCUUUUUGUUAUUUUCUGCAAAGUGUGUCUACUGAGAUGUUCUGCUAUUUAUAACUGUGCAAAGGAACCGACAAAGUUUUGUAAUAGGUUUUAUUUUUCUUUAACAGUUGGUGGUGAAGAAUGUAAAAACGUCUGCUUAUACAGUGUAUUUUUUUUUCUUCAAUAAAGUUUUAUAACUAAUUUGAA